UAAUACCCCACUGCGGACAUGAAGGGUCAAAGAAACACUCCAUUUAGGGCCAACUAACACGGUUGUUAACUCAGUUUAACAAACUCUCUCUCACACACACAUAGAAAAAUCCCAUACAGUGAAUAGUCUCUCUUCUCUUCUCUCUCUCUCUCUCUCUCUCUAUCUCUCUCUCAGCAAGUAAUGGGCAAUAAGAAAAGACUACGAGUCUUCAGUUUAUUCACUUCAACAACUACAUGCUCGCUCACUUUCUCUCUCUCUCUCUUCCAUUGUAGCCCAUAAAACACGAUAAAGGGUAAGAAUAAUUAUUACCCAUUUCUUCUCUGUCUCUGAGUCUUUCUCUUUCUCUGUCUUAUUAUCCACAGACACACAGCAGGACCAUGGAACGAGGAGAAAGAAGGAAGAGGAAGAUGAACAGCCAAGAAGAAGAAGAAGAUGAUGAAGAUGAAAAGAUGGAGAAGUUCUUUGCUUUGAUUAAGAGCACAAGAGAGGUACGUGAGCUUCUUAGGAACACCAACUCGAAUGAGUCAAAGCAAGAACAAAUACAAGAAAGGAAGUUUGAUAUUGUUCUAGGACAGAAACCAACUGGGAUUUGGAAUCCAUCUUUCCAACCGGAAGAUUUUCUUGGUGAUAUUGAUAAUUACAAUAAUUAUAUUAAUAAUAUUCCUGCUGGUGGUGGUGUUGGUACUGAAGCUGGUCCUUCUAAAAGAGAAGAUCAUGAUCAAGAAGACAACAACAAACGAGUAGAUGAAGAAAAAGAUAAUAAAGAAGGUAAUGAUUUAGAAUUAGACCUCAAACUUUCUUUGUAAUCAAACAAACUAAGUUAUACACACAUCAAUGGAUAAUAUACUGUGUGUGUUCCAUAGUGAUCAUAUUAUAUUCA